AUGUCUGCUGUAGCUACUUCUCGUCUUGAUGAGAUCAGAUCUGUGGUCUCCGGGCCCAUUAUGAUUCUCGGCCUUGUUGCCUCCAUGGGAGGCUUUCUCUUCGGUGCCGACACUGGUCAAGUCUCUGGUUUCAUCAUCAUGGAGGAUUUCAUGAAACGUUUCGCCGAGGACCGCGGUUUGGGUGUUUAUGCCUGGAGUCAGACUCGAGAGGGUCUCAUUGUGGGAAUGCUCUCAAUCGGUGCUCUCAUCGGUGCUUUGAUUGCUGGUCCUCUUGGAAACUCAUUCGGAAGAAAGAAGGCUAUGAUUGGUAUUGUUUUCGUCUACUUUAUUGGAAAUACUAUUUCCAUCUCAGCUCAGCAUGCGUGGUAUCAAAUUAUCAUCGGUCGUGUUUUCAGUGGUAUUGCCAUCGGUGCACUUUCAUCACUUGUUCCUGUGUACGUGUCUGAAACGGUCCCUAAACAGGUCCGUGGUGCGAUGGUUGCCAGUUAUCAGCUCUUUGUCACUUGUGGUCUCUUGACUUCAUACUGUGUCAACUUGGGUACUUCUCGUGUCAGCAACAGCGGCGAGUGGAGGGGACCUCUUGCGAUCGGUUACUUUUGGGCCAGUUCCCUUAUGGUUGGAAUGUUUUUCCUUCCCGAAUCCCCCAGAUGGCUUCUUGCAAACGACAAGAACGAGGAGUGUCUUGCGGCUCUCCGCUUCAUCGCCGGUGCAAAGAACAGGGACAAGAAGGGUUUUAUCGAGGGCGAGUACCAGGAUAUCGAAGCUCUUGUCCGUGAGGCAGCUGCCGCCGGCAAAGCCAGUUUCUUCUCCAGUUUCGAUCCCAAGGGCAAGGCUCUUUACCGGACUCUGCUCGGUUUCAUGUUGAUGGUUUGCCAGCAGCUUACCGGAGCCAACUACUUCUUCUACUAUGGUGCGAGUAUCUUCAAGUCUGUCGGAAUCUCCAACUCCUUCGCCACUCAGAUUAUUCUCGGUGCCGUCAACGUCGUCUGUACAUUCCCUGGUUUGUGGUUUAUUGAGAAGUUCGGACGCCGCAAGACCCUUAUCGGCGGUGCUCUUUGGCAGAUGGCUUGGCUUUUGAUUUUUGGUGCCAUUGGUAGCGAGAAGGAUCCCUCUGAAAAAUCUAUCGGUGGUGUUCUUAUUCUCUGCGCUUGCAUGUUCAUCGCUUCAUUCGCCUCGACCUGGGGACCCGGUACCUGGGUCUGUGUCGGAGAAAUGUACCCUCUUCGCACCAGAUCUCACUCCAGCGCCAUCGCAACAACCGGUAACUGGAUGUGGAACUUUUUGUUGACCUUCUUCACACCAUUCAUCACCAAGGCUAUUGGAUACAGAUACGGAUACGUCUUUGCCGGAUGUAACUUUUUGGCUGCCGUUAUCGUGUACUUCUUCCUCUACGAGAGCAGCAGCCUUUCAUUGGAACAGGUCGAGGACAUGUACAACGACACUAAUGUCAACCCUUGGAACUCUAGCAAAUGGGUUCCCCAUGGUCUUGCAAGCAGGAACGAGGCUGUCGACGUCUCGAAAGAGCAACAGGCCAUCGCCGCCGGUGUCUUCGCCGAGGCUCAACAUGACGAGCGAGUUGCUGGAAACAAGGCAUACGCGUAA